UCCCACUUAAAAAGAAGCCAACACUUGUGGGUCAGUGAGCUCCAAAACCACAGACGUUGGCUCCCUCCACUGCCUUCCAAGUGGGACAGGUUGGAGGAUGGGACAACAUGGCAUACAGGAGGCAUUCUGUGUGCAUUGUGGCCAAUGUUCCUUCCCCAGGGGCAGACCAUACCCUAAGACCUGCCCUGUCACACUCAGUGAGAACUACUGAGCUGGACUCCCAGGGUGGCACACACCCGGAAGACAAGGGAUUUUUCGCCAUGGAGCUGGAGGACUCUGAGAAGGAAGGAGAAGCAGGCUUGUGGGGCCCAGGGCCUGAGCCUGCACGUGCGCGCCUACGCUUCCGGAGCUUUCACUAAAAGGCACUGAUGGGUCCGCUGCAGGCCCUGGCCUGGCUCUGCCAGCUGUGCCGCCAGUGGCUGCAGCCCGAGCUGUAAUCCAAGGACCAGAUGCUGAAGCUGCUGCUGCUGGAGCAACUCCUGGGUACACUGGCCCCCCAGAUCCAGGCCCACUUGCAGGGGCAGCAGCCAGGCAGUCCCGAGGAAGCUGCUACCUUGGUCGACAGGCUUCACUGGGAGCCAGGCUUGCCUCAGGGUGAGUCCACAGCCCUGAGCACAGUCCAGCUCUGCCUUCCUCUGUGGGUCACAGUCCAGGUGCAGGGCCAGAAGGUCCUAUCAGAGAAGAUAGAACCAUUCAGCUUCUAGCCCCUACCUUAAACUCCAGAGCCUGGGCCCAGGACACUGCCUGAGGUCAUGCUGGCAUCACCACUUGGUCUUCAGGUGAAAGAAGAGUCAAAAGUUACGGAGGACCCAAGUGAUCUCCUGCAGUCCGAGCCCCUAGCUGUCACCCAGGAGGCUGCACCCACCCUCCCAUCUGAGGCGGCCUAGGGCUGUGGGACAGCACUGGACCAGGUCUUGUCACCCAGCAGGACUGUGGAAAGACCAUGCAGGGCCCUUUGGCCUGAGGAAGCUAGAGAUGUCUUCUCCCCAGGGUUUGUGCUCCAGAUGGACAGGGACCCUGCAGACCCAGGUGCUGUGAGCGCUCAUCUCCACAUCCCUUGGGACCUCAGCCUGGCCAGCCUCUUGGGCCAAAUCCAGUCACCUUCAACCUCCAUGCAUGCACUUGUGCUCAACAUCCUGGGAGGUGAGCAAGACCCUGCAGGUGAGGAACCCAGCCAGCCCACUCUGGUUGCCACCAUAUGGCACGCCCCCAAAGGUCAGGGACGAGGCUGCCCUAGCACUAGAUCUGGGGAAGUUCCAGGCAACUGUUGUGACAUGUGUGGCAAAGUGCUCAGCCAACGCAGCAACCUGCUGAGGCAUCAGAAGAUCCACACAGGUGAGCGACCAUUCAUGUGCAGCGAGUGUGGCCACAGCUUCAGUCACAGCUCGCACUUGCUGCGCCACCAGCUCACACACACUGAGCAGUGGCCGUUUGUAUGCUUUGACUGUGGCCAAGGCUUUGUACACAGCAGCUGCCUGGAGGAGCACCGCAGGAUGCACACAGGGGAACAGCCCUUUGCAGAGUGUGGCCAGAGCUUCUGGCAGUGCUCCAACCUGCUGCAGCAUCAGCAUCCCGGCCCUGGUACCACACCUCCUGCCCUUCCGAGUGUGCCCGAGCCCCCAGGUCCCUUCCCAUGCAGUGAAUGCUGCCAGAGCUUCACACGAUGUACAGUGCUGCUCAAGUAUCAGGCAGUGCACCCUGGCAACAAGUCCUUCAGCUACAUGGAAUGCAGCGAGCACUUCAGGCGCUGAUUGGUGCUGCAGCUCUGGCAAGUCCACAGAGGCGAACGACCCUUUACCUGCCCCAAGUGCAGCCAGAGCUUCCGCCAGCACUCCAAUCUCACCCAGCACAGGCGCAUCCACACUGGUGAAUGGCCCUUUGCCUACUCUGAGUGCGGCAAGACCUUUUGCCAGCAGUCCAUGCUCAAGCAGCACCUGCUUGUGCACAUGGUUGAGAAGCCCUUUGCCUGCCCCAAGUGUGACCGGCACUUUAGCCAGUGCCUCAAGUUCACACACCACCAGAGGACACACGGGGAGAAGCCUUACCACUGCAGUGAGUGCAGCCUGGGCUUCACGUAGGUGUCAUGGCUUAUCGAGUACCAAUGGAUCCACACAGGCGAAUGGCCCUUUGCCUGCCCCAAGUGUGGCCCGAGCUUCCAGCAGCAUGUCAACCUUACCCAGCACUGGCACGUCCAUACUGGGGAAUGGCCCUUCGCCUGCACCAAGUGCAGCAAGACCUACCACCAGUGGUCCACGCUCACACAGCACCUGCACACCCACUGGCAGGAAAAGCCCUUUGCCUGCCAGCACUGUAGUCGCUAUUUCGACCAGAGCACCAAACUCAUCCAGCACCAGCAUGUGCACAUCUCCAAAUAGCUCUAGUCCACACAUACUGCAUCCCUCCAGGGCACAGCACGUGGUCACCAGUGGGUGCUCCCAUGCUGGUAAGUUCCCUCAGUGCUCAUGUGGUUCCUGUGUGGGUGGUACAGCACCUGUGAGAGGCUCCUGGAUCAUAUCUCUGGCUUGCCCUAAGCAGCCCAGCCUCGGCCCUUCGGGAACAGUAGUCCUUAGUACCCCAGACCCAAUGCUGACACUAGUAUGGUGUUUCACCUGAGCAUCAGUUAGAGUCUAUGCAGAUGGGGAUGGGUGUUUGUCCCAAUCAGGACCCCUGCAUUCAGGAUGACCUCAGUUUGAUUCCCCAGCUUGGCUUCUGACUCCAGAGGAAGAUAUGGCUCAAGGAACUGCGUUCUGCCACUCAUCUGGGAGACCCAGACUGAGCUCCCUGGCUCCUGACUCCAGAGCCCUGACCUUUGCAGGCAUUUGAGAAAUGAACGAGCAGAUGUCUCUCUCCCAAAGAGACAGUCGUAGCACAUGCUUAACUGAUGUGCCAGUCAGGUGUCAGAUGACUGAUGAGUGACUAACAAUAGUAAGUCAACCUGUAGAGUAGAUGGGACCCUGGAAGCCCCACAGAGUUUCCCAUGGAGAUAAGACACGAGGACUCUGUCAGCCAUCAAGGAGAUGCCAUGCAUCUGUGACCUACAGCCUGCAUGAGGGACAGUAUUCACUUGGUCGUGGGCUCUUUGGGCACAAACUUCUGAGGAGGGAGCUCUGAGAGGCCAAUGAAACAGUUUCUGAGAAGAAUCUGAUGCAGCCAGAGUAAACACUGCUGCUCUACUGCAGGACCCAGUCCUUUCUCUCACCAGCACUGAGGCAGUCCCUCCCCGCCCGCUGCAGGGAAAGAGGAUCUGGCCUGCACAGCCAUGCCCAGCUGGACAGUUUUAGAACCAACAAAGGAGCUGAAUGAGUAGCCCAACCCCUUGUGUGGUGAGACUCAAUCUGGUUGCCAUACACUGUCUCUCCACUCACAACUACAUUCCCAGUUGACUGUCCCAUCAUCCUCACCCUAACAGCAUCCCACCAGUUUUUUUCAUGGUCAUAAUCAUCCAAGCUUUCCUCAUCAGGGUCUCUCAACCUCCCCUAGUGGGACACUUGUGGCAGCAACAAGCCUGGCAUCCCAUGUGGACCCACCAGGACUGCACCUAGCUCCCCAGUGUGUUGGGUAGCACUGUGGCUGGUCUGUGGUGCCUGCAGCCUGCGCACCUGCUCCCCUUCUGGCUGUCACCAGGGCUAAGGCCCAGAGGAGAGC